AUGGUGGCGGAGCCCCACCGGCCUACGACGCUCACGGCCACAUCUUCGGUUGCUCUUGGCGGCGGUGGGGGUGGUAGCGGUGGUGGUAGCGGUGGGGGUGUUCGUGGUGGUGCUGAUACGGAGUCGGGGUCGUUGUCGGUAUUUUCGUGGAAGGUUGUGGAGCUCGGCGAGGAGGAAGGGGGCCCCGCGGCUACGAUAUUCGAGGAGGAGGAGGGGAGGGCCGAGGUCUCCGUGGAGUUCACCAAGCCCGGCGGCGUUUACCUCCUCACCGUGGAGGAACGGUUACGGGCGGGCGCGGUGAGCCGAGACGGGACUGUCGUGUUGAACGCGGGCGAGACUGCUGUGAUCGGGAGGGCGACCAUCAAGGUGUCCUGCAAGCACGUGCGGCGGGAGUUGAGGGAUUUGUCUGAGGCGGACCGAGAGGCUUUCUUGGAUGCCAUGGAGGCGUACUACGCGGUUUCGAAGGAGGACGGGCGGGCCAAGUAUGGGGAGGGUUUCUUCGACUACCAGCUUUUGGCGUCGUACCAUAGCGCGGACUUAAAGAGUUUCUGUUAUCACGCGGGGGUGCAGUUCUUGACGGCUCAUGCGGCGUUCGGGCUGAUGCUGGAGCGAUCCCUUCAGAAGAUCAACCCGAGGGUGUCGCUGCCCUUCUGGGACUACAUGAUCGAGGCCGAGACUCUUGGUCCAGACUGGCAAGAUAGCCCCAUCUUCGACGACGACAUGUUCGGACGCGCGAUGGGUUCGGCCGACAACGGUUACCAGAUCUCCGACGGCAGAUUCGGCAAGAUCUCCGCAAUCUACGACCCUCACCACAACCUCCCCGGCAACGGGUUGGACAUCGGGCCGCACCACAACGCAUACGGCUUCCUCAGCGCCACCUACAACUAUCAGGAGGCUCCGCUGCUCACGCGCACGAGCUCUUUCUGCAACCUGAAGGCCGACUCGGUGUUCGCCACUUCCGACGACUUUUUCAGCUGUUUCACCGCGCACGACACCUUGGGGGACUGGGAGCACUGCAUGGAGAGCAAGGUGCACGGCGACAUGCACGGGCUUCUCGGCGGCGCCUUCAAGUGCAGCGUCGACAUGCACGAGUUCCACGAGGACCACCCCGAGUACACCACGGGCCUGCUGACCUUCGUCGUUGAGUACCUCACCACCAAGUUCUGGCCGAACAACGCCUUCAUGCCGCCGGGCAGCAACACCUGCGAGACAGAGUGCGUGAGCGGACAGGAGCCCUGCGGCUGCACCUGCAGCGUCGACGCCAUGGCCCUCUCCGAAGACGAGAUAUACUCGCUGACGUCAACGUUCCUGAGCCAGGCUACCCAAAGAUUCUCUGGACACGCCUAUAUCUCGUACGAUGAGUCCAGCGAACGCCCUUGGGGUUUCCAGCAGAACGGAGAACGCCUGGACGAUGACGCCACGAUGUUUUUGCUGCGGCAAGUAGUCAAGCUGGGGUGCGAGCCGGGAGCCGUGGGCGUCAUGGUGGGCGGCGUCAGCCCAAUGGACCCUUUGUUCUGGGUACUGCACCCGAUGUUCGAGAAGGCCUUACACGUGUUGUGGAUGUCUCCCACGUACCGUGACGGUUACAGCUUCGGUUGGGCCGAUGGCUCGUGCUCGGGCAGCAAGGUGGACGAUAUCCUUCCGUUCACAGCGCAAGACCUGGGCAUGGGAGCGGGCACGGAACUCCUGACGAACCGCGAGCUGAUGGACAUACUGCACCCGAGCAACCCACGCCUUCCCUUCGUGUUCGAGAAAUUCGACACUUGGGGCACCGCAGAAUCAUGGGAUUUCUGCCCGGAGUGUGCUGCUGCGGCGGCGGAAUCCGGUGGUGGUUCUCCCUCCCCUGCUUCUGCGGAGGGAUAGGGGUGUAGAAUGAGCAGCGUGGAUGGCCUACACAAGGUCAGUGAGUUACGCUUGGAAGACCUCGCCCACCGUCGGCACGCUCGACUUGGACGGCCGGAUGGGAGGGUCCAAACGGCGGUAACGACAUUGUUUUCUCUUGGAGGCCGCUACAAUUUGUAGAUAUAUACCCAUUUUUAUGUCGUUUUUCACCCACAAGAAGAAGAAAAUCACUGUGCCAUGAUCUGGUAGUAAAACACUUGUUGAAGCAGCGGGCCCGAUCUCCUGUUGUGUAUCGGUGUGGGUGUGUGUUUUGUGGUUGGUCUGUUUCGUGAGCACAUGUUUGUUCUAUGGAAGGGCGCAAGUCGUUUUAUGCCAUGAGCAGUGCGUGGAGUGCUAUUUUACGGUUUAGGAAUGUUCAUUUUUUUCGUUGAUAGAAUCACUACAGUUAAGUUGGAUGUCGUGGGGUGCGUUGUGGCACCACAUUUCUAUAGGUUUAUAUCGUGUGUGUACUGUGUAAAUGCGAUUGUUUUGCUGUAUGAAAUCCACCCCUCUAGACCUAACCCAUCUUGGGAAAAUGAGCGUCUCACCCACACCUGGCAUUGGUUUAUUGUGGUUCACCGUAGUAUUAUGCACGGUUUUGUAAGGUAUUUUUCGCGGGGGUUGAGGAAAGGUUUUGAUUGUUUUUUCAUUGAUUGAGGUUUCGCUUUCUGUUGUUUUCCUAGUCCCAUGUAGUUCCUCCGCGUGGUGCAGCUCGGUUUGUUGCCUGUCGAGCUUCGAUUGGCUCGGCUUUGCGUUGAUGAGCUCUAGCGCGGAUGUUCCGCUAGAAAAUACUCCGGAGGAAUGGGUUUUUGUAGCAAGUCGGUGUUUUGUUUUUACCCUAGCUGAGCCCGCGAGCCACACCGACAACAUAAGUGUAAGAGUAGCGGUUGCGAAACGAUUUCUCUAAGCCGGUGGAGGUUUUGUUGGCUUGGCUUCCGGGAUGUUUACCUUAUGAUUUUCCGAGGUUGCCACGCCUGACUCUCAACCCGUUUGUAUUUGUUCGUUUCUCAUUGCCUGGCCCCGGCCGCCCUAAACGGUCGACUCAUGAAUAUUUGUGUUUGUGUGUCUGUGCCUAUAAAUAACUUUUGACGGGAAAAAAACCGUGUGUUCCUCGUUCGAUCUUUGGGGUUAAAAGCGGUUUUCGAACGCGGACCGUGUUUUCUUUUUUCUUUUCGCGUGAAAAGGGCGCGUGGGGUGUGACCUGAUAAUCGGUGUGUGUGUGUUUGCCUCCGUUGGCAAACGUGAUGAGGGCGAACGUGCGCUGGCCUCUCACGGAUGUUUUCGACUCUGCUUGCGUUCGUCUUUGGUAUCACAUAUCUAGAACUACUGGGCUACUGUAUCCCCCCAGCAAGACCGGCGUAUUUCUCACCAAUGGGGCCCGUCCACCCUGCGUGUUGAACGUACUUCUGUUGAGACUAGAUCCACGUUUCGCUAUUCCCUCGCAAUCUCCCCGCGAGCGGUGGGGCUUCCCUAUUGGGUUUAUCGUCCCAUUUGUUUUGUUGUUUUUCUGGUUUUGGGGGGAGAUUGUGACAACGGCAGGUCGGCUGUUCCCGUUGAGAAGACUAGAUAUAAACGAGAGGAGGUAGAUGGAGGCCGGGGACGCCCGGGCCGAUGUCCAAUUCGGAGAUCAGCAAGCAACAUCUAG